ACCCCACUCCCGUCGCCGCCCAUACCUUCUUCCCCCAUCUCUUCUCUCCCCAUCCAUAUCCCCCCAUUCAAACCCCUUCUCCCCCCCCCAUCCAUCCAACCCAUCGAUCGAACGAUCUAAAAGAGAAAGAGGAGCAUCGAAUAGAAAUCGAUGGGUUUCGAGAGCACGAAUAACGACGAGGCGAGCUCGUCCUCCUACGGCCUGGUGGACCCAACGAGCCCCCUCCUACCCCCGCACCCCUCCGCCGCCCGCCUCUCCUCCCAGCCCAAGACCUUCGCGAACGUCUUCAUCGCGAUCGUCGGCUCCGGCGUCCUCGGCCUCCCCUACACCUUUAUGCGCACCGGUUGGGCCGCCGGCGCCCUCCUCCUCGCCGCCGUCGCCGCCCUCACCUUCCACUGCAUGCUCCUCCUCGUCCGCACCCGCCGCCGCCUCGACCUCGACGAUGGCUUCUCCAAGAUCGCCUCCUUCGGCGACCUCGGCCUCGCCGUCGCCGGCCCCUCCGGCCGCGCCGUCGUCGACGCCAUGAUCGUCCUCAGCCAGGCCGGCUUCUGCGUCGGCUACCUCAUCUUCAUCUCCAACACCCUCGCCUACCUCUUCCACCUCCCCUCCAAUCCCUCCCCUUUCCUCGCCCCCAAAGCCCUCUACAUCUGGGCCAUGCUCCCCUUCCAGCUCGGCCUCAACUCCAUCAAAACCCUAACCCUCCUCGCCCCCCUCAGCAUUUUCGCCGACGUCGUCGACCUCGGCGCCAUGGCCGUCGUCCUCGGCGAGGACCUCGCCGUCUUCCUCUCCCACCCCCCGCCUCUCCGCGCCUUCGCCGGUCCCUCCGUCCUCCUCUACGGCGUCGGCGUCGCCGUCUACGCCUUCGAGGGCAUCGGCAUGGUCCUUCCCCUGGAGGCCGAGGCCGCCGACAAGGCCAAAUUCGGGAGGACCUUGGGGCUCUCCAUGUUCUUGAUCGCCCUCAUCUACGGCCUCUUCGGCGUCCUCGGCUACUUGGCCUUCGGCGACGACACCCGCGAUAUCAUCACCACCAACCUGGGCACCGGCGUGGUCACCGUGCUGGUCCAGCUGGGGCUCUGCAUCAACCUCUUCUUCACGUUUCCGGUGAUGAUGAAUCCUGUGUACGAGGUGGUGGAGCGGUGGUUCUGCGGGAAGCGGUACUGCUUCUGGCUGCGGUGGUUGCUGGUGGCGGCGGUGAGCAUGUCGGCGAUGCUGGUGCCCAACUUCGCCGACUUCCUCUCGCUGGUGGGGAGCAGCGUGUGCGUCGUGCUGGGCUUCGUGCUGCCCGCGGCCUUCCACCUGAAGGUGUUCGGAAUGGAGCUGGGGUGGUGCGCGGUGGCCGCCGACGUGGGGAUCGUGCUGCUGGGCGUGGCGCUGGCGGUGGCCGGAACCGUGUCGUCUCUCCAGCAGAUCUUAACCUCAAAGGAGGUGUCAUGAAUAAUUUCUCCCACAAUUUAUAUGAUUCAUGAAUCAAAAAAAAAGUUUUGAUUCGUAUUAAAUGAACCUGGAAUUUAUUGUGUUGUGUUGUAAUUGUUACUUCGGAAACACGAAGUAUUGUUGGUUGGGCUGGGGUGGUUGGAAGUAUCAAUUUUUGUUUCCUAUCAGAAGAUUAUACGAUCCAAUUGGAUCUUGGUUUGGUUGAUUGGUUGGUGAUGCAAGGUGUCUCAAAUCUAGUAGUUGGAAAGAUCUUUUUAUGAUAUUUUGUAAUAAUCUGCCAUAAGAAUGGUGGCUUCUAAGAUACUUGGAAGUCUGCCGUUAAAGUGGUGUUAUAUUUUUCUUGCUAAUAUUUUACCAUUUGUCUAGGAUAUCCAGUAAUGAUGUUUUCAUGAAGGGUUGUCA